GCACAGGCAACCCAGAGUUCACGAUUCCGACGUUUCGAUGUGAACCUCUUUAGCAGUGGCGUGGCGGGGUGCUUGGGUGGCCCUACAGGGACCUCUAGGCAGGCACCUCUAGGCAGGGCUCCACGCUGGACUUGGCCAGACAAACCAACGCUCAAGUGCCAUCUCAGCUAGAACAGGGGCUUUCAUGUUUGAUUGGACGCCUGCCCAAACUGUCCCUUGCUGUUUGCCCACGCCCAAUGCCCAAUGGACCUACCUCCCUCGUUGCAGGAGGGUCUGUGAGUGCGGGCAUGUGCUUGUACACCCACAAUCUGCCUGGGCCGACACUCACGUCACACUCGGGAGGCGAAGACAACUCAUCCACCCCCAUCGUUGGGCAGCCCAACUCCAACUAGUAGACGGGGAAAUGCCAUGGCUCGCUCCCAGCAUAGCCCAACAGGCGCGGAGGAAGACUCCCUGCGCGAACACCAUGGCGAAGGACACUUGAUGGAAGGCGUUGAGAACGAGUCCCGCCCGCGGGCCAGCAGUCUUUCGCCCAGCCAGCCCCUUAAAGUUCCUAGCGCCCGAAACGACCGCCAGGAAAUGACAAGCAGAGACUUUGAGGUGCUCCUCCGCGAGAACGAGGCUCUCCGCCAACAAUUGGAACACGAGACCCAGAGGGCGAGAGCGGCCGAGGUGGCCGAGGGGGUAUCUGAACAACAAACACCACCGCCAUGUGAAAUUCCCAAGGGCACCAUUGGCGAGCUGGCCUCCCACGUCCACACGCUCGAAGCAGAGGUCACCAAGCUCCGGGCUGAGCUCGAAGAGUCGCGAUCCCACAUCUUCUCUCUGCAGCCAUACCGACGUGAAAUCACUCCCGAGGAAGUCGCCAAUGACUGGGAGCUGCUCUUCACCCGUGUCAGCGACUGCGUCGAGCGGUUAGUCGAGCCUACGCUGGACUCGGACGCGCUGCGCAAGGAGACGCUGAUGCGGGCGCGCAAGCACCCCACGACAUGGUCGGGCAUCCUGAAGCACAUGUACCAGCAGCCAGACCUGGCCCAGGCCGCCUGCUACCCGGACACGGACCUGGACGUGCUCAUCGCCAUGGUGAUGCGCCACCUCAACGAGCGGGUUUUCCAGACCACCCUGUACGGCGUCCGCCCGGCCCACGUCGCCGCUGUGGCGGCCAUCGAGAACGCCAUGGCCACGCACGUCGAGCCGCGCCGCGACCAGCUCGCCAUCCGCAACUGGCGCGCCGAGGCCCUGGGCGCCCUCAUGGCCGACCCCAACCAGUACCCAGCCGAGCGCGCCGCCGCCGAGGCCGCGCUGGCCGACGAGCUCGCCUCCCUCUUCCGCGUCUUCCUGCCCCACCACCCGGAGCCGGGCGCCCGGGCCCGGGCCGACGCCGCGCGCGCCAUGCUGCGCGACGGGUGCGUCCGGCCCGCCAUCGCCCUGCACGAGAAGCUGCUGGUGUCGACGCACCACUUCUACACCACGCUGGACGGCUACUACGUGCACUGCGCCAAGAAGGAGGGCGGCGGCCUCGUCACGUCGCCGGACCUGCUCCCGUCGCUGGAGCGGCUCGAGUGCAGGAACAUGUUGCAGAACAGGAAGACGGUCACGCGCGCAAAGAUGGCGGCGGACGGCGGCGCCUCGGCGGACCCGCACCAGCAGCAGCAGGGAGAGCUCAGGACCGUCCUGGCGCUGACGCCCGCCGUGUACGUGCGUCAGGUCGGCCAGCGCGACAUGGUCAAGGAGCCGGCGCUCGUGUGCAGGCAGCAGAUGCUGGUGGCGUGGGGCACUCGAGAGAAGCGGGAGGCCUUCAUCCGCGGCGGCGACAAGACGCUGCUGGCCCAGCUAUCCCUGGCGUCCGGCUCCGGUCGGCAGGGCGGUAUGCUGGGCUUCUUUGGUGGUGGUAUAAGUUAGGGGUUCAGCUUGCCGGCGGUCAAGAAGGCGCCAGAACCGCCGGCGGCUGCGGAGGGGUCGUGACCUUUCUGCUGAUGUACCUGCAUCUUUCUGGACAGUACCGAAGAUAUCAAAAUGGCUACAAGCAGCCAUUGCAUAACAUUUAUUAAUUGGAGAUGUCAUGGAUCUAUGCCUAUACCUAGAUGGGUGACUUUUCAGGUACUGAUGUCAAACGUCCAAAUUCGGCAA